AGUUUUUGAUGAAGUUGAAAGCUUGUUGUCUGAAUUGAUUACUUGUGAAGAUAAGUUCCCGAUUCUUGAGGCGUUGGAUGCUGUAAUUAAAGUUUAUUCGGAUUCUAAUUUGGUUAAUAAAGCUGUUGAAUUGUAUUAUUUUGUAUUGAAAACUUAUGAUUUAGUUCCACAUGUAGUUACUGUUAAUUCUUUACUUCAUGGUAUUGUAAUAUGUGGUAAGAUUAAAGAUGCUAGGCGACUGUAUGAUGAGCUCGUCGAGAGAAGUGGCGGUGUUGAGGAUAAAUUUUUGGAUAAUUUUGGCACUUGUAUUAUUGUUACAGGGUUGAGUAAAGAGGGGAAGGUUGAAGAGGGUAGGAAAUUGAUUGAGGAUAAAUGGGGUAAAGUUUGUCUACCAAAUGCUGUUUUUUACAAUACGUUGAUAGAUGGCUACUGCAAGAAGGGUGACAUUAGAAGUGCGUAUCGGCUUUUCAAUGAGUUGAAAUUGAAGAGCUUUUUACCCACGCUGGAGACUUAUGGGGCUUUGAUAAAUGGGUUUUGUAAAGAUGGGAAUUUUGAGAAAGUUGAUAUGCUUGUGCAAGACAUAGCUGAGAGGGGUGUGAUUGUCAAUGUCCGAGUGUAUAACACUAUCAUUGAUGCUAGGUGUAGGCAUGGUUUUACUGUGGAAGCAAUAAACACUGUAAGAAAAAUGAUUGAAGCUGGCAGUAAGCCAGAUAUCGUGACAUAUAACACAUUGAUCUGUUAUUCAUGCAAGGAUGAGAAAAUUCAGGAAGCUGAAAAGUUUCUAGAGCAGGUUAAGAAUACGGGGUUGGUCCCGACCAAGUUUAGUUAUACUCCUACGAUACAUGCCUACUGCAAAUGUGGUGAUUUUGAAAGAUCGUUAAGUUUGCUUGCUGAGAUGACGGAGUAUGGUGAUAAGCCUGAU